AUGUCGUUCGGCGAUGACCCGAUCAACGAGGGCGACACGGCGGGGCUGCAGUGCAUGGUGGUGAAGGGCGACCAGCCCGUGGCGCUGGCGUGGUUCAUCGACGGCCGGCCGUACCGCCCCGAGCAGGCCGAGCGCGGCGUGCUGGUGAACAAGCAGGGCGCCAAGAUGAGCUUCCUGAGCAUCGACGCGACCCGGGCGGAGCACACCGGCGAGUACCGGUGCGAGGCCACCAACGCGGCGGGUCGCGACGUCCAGACGGCAACCCUCAACGUCAUAGGUGCGGCCACCACGAGCAGCUCGGUGGCAUGA